GUGACUGCUUGGCAGCACACGCACAGGGCAAACAGUCUCUACCUCAGGGAACCUGGCAGAAGAAGCAUCUAGAGAAAUGAUUUUAGAAAGGAAAACAAUCACACCACUGUCCUGUAAUGUAGUCCUUUAAAUACAGCAGAAGGAUCAAACAACACUGUGAAUCUGCUUCCAAACCAUGAGAAAACUGAAGCGGCCCCUGCAGGGAAUUGUGUAUGUGCUGCUGGGAGUUGGAUUCAUCUGGUGCCUGACUUAUUUCAUCCUGGUCUGUAUUGUCCCGCUCUGCAUUCACCUCACACGGCCUCAUCGGCUGCAACGGAUGCAUUGAAGCACUUACAGUCCCUUAGUUUGAUCAACUCAUAGGCAGAGAUGACCUUGUGCACCCACACUGAAAGUCCUACAGUACCUGUACUGUAUGUGCUGCGUAAUGGAGAUCUGCUGGUUCAGUUUAGGUCACUACUGGAUUAAAUAACACACUCAUCUGCUGACCACAACGGACGUGAAUGGCUUUUGUUGUUAUUUCAGAGCAACACUGACGAGGGGGGAAAGACCGUGACCAGUCACGACGGAGUCAGGCCUCACGGCAGCGUGAAGGCCGACGCAAGCAGAUCUGAGGACAUAAUGAAGUUCAUCGCCAAGUUUGCAGAUGAUCUCCUGAACAUCGUGGCAUCGUCUGACGACUGACUACAAAGGCGAAUGGCGCGUGCUCCAGAUUAAGCUGGAGGCAGAGGAAGAAAAAGCACAAAUGAGGGACACGAUGAUUAAGGAGCUGCGUUCUGAUAAACUUCAUCUGCAGGAACAAGUGGUUCACUUGGAGGAACUCCUAAAGCUGAAGGCGGGGGAAGAUGCACAAUCUGAUGAUCAAGACAAUUGCCCGCUGCCACCCAUGGACGGACACCCAGAAUGCAUAGGGAAGCUGAAAUGGAUGAAGGAGAUGUGGGAGUCUGACUCAUGCUACCGCAGCUAUGGGGUGAAUGGGUCUCAGUGCUCCUUCCUGAUUUAUCUCAGUGAGAUAGAGUCCUGGUGUCCUGUUCUUCAAGGGCGAACAGCCUCCUCACCUGUUGAGGAAAACUCAGAGGAAGUGUCUGACCAAGCAGUGAUACAGAGAAGCCUGAAAGGUCUGUAUUCGUCUAUGGAAAACAGAACCCAGUUCCGAUGGAUUCAGGGUCGAAUUUUAAGUAUGGAGAAGAUAUGGUUCAAGGCUGGACAGUCUCUUUCAGCCAAGUAUAACCUCACAGAGCGGAAAGCCAAACAGAUCCUGGUGCAUCCUGGCGCGGUUACAGAUGAAUCUGGUUUCAGAAUAGCACAGAGUGCGUUCAGCGGCGGCCCUCUCGGGGAGCUUGUCCAGUGGAGUGACCUCAUCUCCACACUUUACAUCCUUGGUCACCGUCUUCAUCUUUCCGCCUCCGUACCCGAGCUCAAGCAUUUACUGGGUUUAAGCACGGACGUCUGUCCGCCUCGUCAGUCAGCCGUGAAGGUAGAUCUGAUUUACACAGACAUCAUCGGCCUUAAACAGAUCCAGUCAGCACUUGACACAUCUUGGACCCAGUACAAGUGUAUGAUUCGUGUGUUGGAUUCUUUUGGCACUGAGCCAGACUUCAACCACGCAGCAUGGGCUGAGGAACACUACCUCAAAAGCCCAUUCGGUGGCCUGAACCUGAUCCCCAUGCAGUUCUACACCAUGUUCCCUCACACUCCGGACAACACUUUCCUGGGCUUCGUAGUUCAGCAUCAGCUGAGCUCCCAAGAAACCCAGCGACUCGAGUCUGUCAAGAAGCGGAAUCGCGCUCUCGUGUACGGCAAGAGUGCCGCGUUUUGGGAGGGUAAACGGUCUUAUCUGGACACCAUUCACAAGCACCUGGAAAUCCACGGGACGGUCGACGAUAGUGCUCAGAUCCCAGAAUACGUGGUGAACCACGGCAUCGUCAAAGGGACCGAGGUACAGACUCUGCUCAGGCAGAGCAAGGUUUUUGUGGGGUUGUCUUUUCCAUACGAAGGCCCCGCCCCCCUGGAGGCUUUAGCCAAUGGCUGUGUUUUCUUGAACCCCCGCUUGGACCCUCCACUGAACAGCCUGAACUCCCAGUUCUUCAGCGAGAAGCCCACCAUGAGAGAGCUGACUUCUCAGCAUCCAUACGCUGAGGCCAUUGGAGAGCCCUACGUGUGGAUGGUAGACAUGUACAACCUCACGGAUGUGGAGAGAGCGCUCACAGGGAUUCUGAACCAAAACAUUGAACCAUAUGUUCCGUAUGAGUUCACCAGUGAAGGAAUGCUCCAGAGAGUCAACGUCUUGAUUGAGAAACAGGACUUCUGCUACGCUGGCAGAAGGUGGCCGCCACGGAGCGCGCUGCAGGUGGUGAAGGCAGAGGCAGGAACGUCCUGUAAGCAGGCAUGCCAGGACGCGGGGCUGAUCUGUGAACCCGCCUUCUUCCCGGAUCUCAACAGUGUGAUGAGCCUUGCUGACUACGGUUUGAACUGUCACACAUCCCAGUACUCUGAAAGCAGCGUGGUGCUCCCAGCCUACGACCAACAGAAACACUGCCUGCUCCAGGCUGAUCACCUGCUAUUCAGCUGUGUGAGAUCCGACGCGCUCCUAAACCGCGUCUGUCCCUGUAGAGACUACAUUAAAGACCAGAGAGCCUUGUGCACGGCCUGUGUCUGACGGCCAUGAGCCAUCAGAGUCCAGCAUCACCCCACGUCAUGACGCUGGACAGAACUAUACCAUGACACAAAGUAUUCACUCAGGUGUGAUAGUGUUAAUACCGUUUGGUUUAGGUUCAGUACAUGUAGAUUCAGAUAUCAUGGGUUCUUCACUGUCUCCUCUGAACCCAAUAAAGAGUGACCUGUUUUAAAAAAGAAUGACUACCCCAACCUCCUGCCAUCUCGCAGGCGCAGGCCUUGAUUACAUUUCACAUCAGGCUCCAAGGGAGUCGCACAAAGAAUUUCUUUAUCAGUUUAAUUAGUCUUUGCUAAUCUCUGAAAAACACCUCUCUGCCAAUAACAGCGUCUUCUACAGCGGUAGAAGAGAGGUUGGAUAUGAAACAGUAUUAAGUGUAUGAAUUAAAGUCAGUGUGAUAGCCCUUUAUAAAUUAAAUUGAUCCUUUACUGUUUAUGUAUUAAUUCAUAGCCUCGUUCAGUACAUUGUGCAUUUAUCUAUAGAUACAAGCCACGUGGCAUCGAGCCAGUGAAAGUGGGAUCUGGUUUGUUCUGUUUUAUGUUUCUACAACAAACAAACAAAAAAGGCCAAGGAAUGAGCAGGAUAAAAUUUUAUUAAUCAAUAAAACUUUUUUCUCUCUGA